CCAGAAGCCGGUCCUACGGCGGCGGCCGCCCCGCCCCGGCUCCUCCUCUUCCCCUCGCCGCCGUCCCGCCCUCGCCCGCAAACCCAAACACUCCGGGUGCUAGUGCGCGUGAUCUGACUGUGGUCGUUUGGCCGAGAGAUGCUGCUGCUGGCGGCCGCCGGCCUCGUGGCCUUCGUGCUGCUCCUCUACAUGGUGUCGCCGCUCAUCAGCCCCAAGCCCCUCGCGCUGCCCGGUGCGCACGUAGUGGUCACAGGAGGUUCCAGUGGCAUCGGAAAGUGCAUUGCUAUCGAGUGCUUCAAACAAGGAGCGUUCAUAACUUUGGUUGCACGAAAUGAGGACAAGCUGCUGCAGGCGAAGAAAGAAAUUGAACAGCAUUCUAUUAAUGAUAAACAGGUGGUUCUUUGUAUCUCAGUCGAUGUGUCUCAAGACUAUAACCAAGUGGAGAAUGUCAUAAAACAGGCACAAGAGAAGCUGGGUCCUGUGGACAUGUUGGUUAACUGUGCAGGGACAUCUCUGUCAGGAAAGUUUGAAGAGCUUGAAGUUAGUAGUUUUGAGAAAUUGAUGAGCAUCAACUACCUGGGCAGCGUGUACCCCAGCAGAGCAGUGAUCACCACCAUGAAGGAGCGGCGGGUGGGCAGAAUCGUGUUCGUGUCCUCUCAGGCAGGACAGCUGGGGCUGUUUGGUUUCACAGCCUAUUCUUCGUCCAAGUUUGCCAUAAGAGGAUUGGCAGAAGCUCUGCAGAUGGAGGUGAAGCCUUACAAUGUGUAUGUCACUGUGGCCUACCCACCAGACACUGACACCCCGGGGCUGGCGGAAGAAAACAAAACGAAGCCCCUGGAGACCCGGCUCAUUUCAGAGACAACAGCUGUUUGCAAACCAGAGCAGGUGGCCAAACAAAUUGUCAAAGAUGCCGUGCAGGGAAAUUUUAAUAGUUCCAUUGGCUCUGAUGGGUAUAUGCUCUCUUCCCUGACCUGUGGAAUGGCCCCAGUGACUUCCAUCACUGAAGGACUCCAGCAGGUGGUCACCAUGGGCCUUUUCCGAACCAUUGCUUUAUUUUACCUUGGAAGUUUUGAUAACAUAGUUCGCCGCUGCAUGGUGCAGAAGGCAGAAUCCGAAACUGUAGACAAAACUGCCUAAUUCUUGCCCCUCGGACAAGAGACUGGAUCCAGUGAUCUGACAGCUUGCUGCUAAUGGAACUCGAUCUUUGGCCUCCGGACUCUUGUGUCUUGUUUUUGAACGUGUGAGACUAGACCCAGUGCUCUUCAGACAUCUGACUGCAGGCAAAGGGACAGAGGUCGUCUCUACACUAUUACUGUUAACACUAUGCAAAUAUGGACCAGAGCACCACUUGGUUUCUGGGCUUUGAGGCGAAGUGGUGGUCGCGUGGGCAGUAGUGUCAGGAGAACAGGGUAAAGGACAGAACCCCAGAAUGGGAAAUCCGGUUUUUCAUUGAUCCUCCCCUCCUGCUCAUAGAGAUUAAGAAAUGUACUUGGUGGCACACAAGGACUUUUGAGGGUUUCUUUUGAUUUUUGGUUUUAUUUUUUCAUGAAAAAUGGUGUCUGGGUUUUUAUCAGUUUUUUUUUUGUUUGGUUUUUGGUUUUUAAUUUUUUCAGUGUAUGUUAUUCAAGGUGUGUCUUCCUCAAAGCAGUGAGCCUGACUGUCAGCUCCUCUGUGCCUGUUGGGAACUCCUGCUCGUGAAGCUGGCUUCUCUCUCUCUUUGAUCCCUACGCUAUGGGGGAUGAGAGAGCUGUGCAGAGGAAGGCAAGAGGCUGAGCCCUUCGCAUAGGCAGAUGGGGCUUUCUUGUCUUCCUAAUACUAAUACGUAGAACAUUUUCGUUUUUAUUCAUGGGGAAACACAGCCUUCUUACAUGUUUUCUGAAUAGAAAUAAAAUCUUCUAGAAGCUUGAAAGUUUACAGUUUCUUCAGUAGCCAUGAUGACGUGGAGUUCACAGUUCCAUACAGCGAGUCUCUAUACGUUUCCCAUCUCUUUCUAGUUGCUUAUUCUUCUGUAGUAUUUUUAUAAAAAAGGGGAGGGGAACAAUGGAAACCAAUGCAUAUUUUUUUUUACCUUUUAAAUUAAUUUAUGAAUUCAUUUAAAAAAUUAAAAUCAUGAUAUUCUUAUGUUUCUGGUUGUGAGCCUAACCUUUAACGGCUGAGCCAUCUCUCCAAAGCAUGAUGUUCUUACCCUGUCAGCAAACAUGUAGCUUUUAGGGAAGGCAGCUGGUUGCAUAUUUUCAGUCUAGCUACUCGUAAAAGCUGACUGAUUUUGAAGACCCUCUUAGAAGUAAGAUGUGCAGCUGCUCUGUCUUGCACUGACUCGACAGUAUCCCCAGUGUGUAAGGAGACCUUUGCUCACUCUGUUCGCGGUGCAGCUCCAGGACUGUUGUCUUUGCCUUCAUGUCUUGUCCUGUUCUGUGUAUGAAGUCAUGCAUUCCAGUUCAUUCCACUGGGAAAAUACCUCUACUUUCAAAGAAAAAAAAACUUUAUAAGUGUUAAAAAAAGACAAACACAACAAAAAUCUAUUGAAAACCUAGAAAUUGUUGCCAUGGCAAACAUUUGGUGUUUCCUUUUCUCUCUUUUCCUUCUCCCUCUCUCUUUUCUUAAAGUGGCUUUUGUUUUUGGCCAGGUCUCCUGCCGCGGCCCCCGAGUGCGGGCAGUACAGCCCCGCACCACUAUAGCCAAUGGGCCUGGUCUCCCGCCGCGGCCCCCGAGUGCGGGCAGUACAGCCCCGCACCACUAUAGCCAAUGGGCCACACAUUUUAUUUUCUCUUUGAAUUUUUCAAGCUCUUUACUUUAUGGUGGCUUAUUUUUUAAUUAAUAAGAUAUCUAGUGGCUCCAUCUUUAUCGAAACCUAGAAGAAUGUAUUUUAAAUGUCAUUACAGAGAUGGCUUUGUUAUGUGCAUUGCUUACUGUGACUUUGUUCUGUGUGUAGCAGUAGGUGGACCUUGUCAGAAUGGUUCCAAGGCUCCUCCAAGUCUGAUCUAGCCAAAGUUUGCGACUUAUGUCCCGUUGGACAGCUGCUGGAGUGGACGGUAGCGACAGUUUCCUCAUUCACAGGAACUGCAUCCCUGUCUGCACAGCUUCCAGUUUUAUUUUCUUAUAAAAAUAAGACGGUUGGCACUUCCUACUAGUAUCUGUUAAAAUGUAGUCCAAGGUGGAGUCUGAGAAAGGACAAUUAACUUUUUCAUUAUGCCAUUUCCAGACAGUCUUUGGGUAGAGGCUGGCUCUGUGGAUAAUGCCUGAAAUACAGGGAAGAGCCUUGUUUCAUGGGAGGAGAUGCCACCCUAUCCCAGCUUAAACUCAGGUCUGCAGCCCAUGAGGCCAUGGCAUGAGCCUUAUUGUCCACUGUUAGAGGCCCCAACACCCUCACUCAGAAAGCCUCAGAAAAAUCUUCUAAAGUUGAUACCGUAGUUCAUUUGUCAUCAAGACUUGAACUUGUUUUGAGAAUAUUGUAGUUGUUAACUUUACCAGACUCCAUGCAAAUGUCCUGUGCAUCAAUAUGUCCCCGGUACCUUUGAGAAGUCCGGCCGGCAUCAACUCUGACACACAGGCGUCCCACAAGGCUGUGAUUUUAUCCCAGGCGUGGAAACACUAUUGGCUUGGUGGGGGACAGCUCGGUUGUUAGGGAGAUUAUCAACUUUCUCUUCUUCCUGACAGUUGACGGCAGGGCAUUCUUUACCACUGAGUUCUUAAGCCCAGCUGUAAGUUCUGCUGUAGUGUUUCCUCUGAGUGACCGGGAGCUUGUGGGCUUUCAGUUUUGAAUGCCUGCUCGGCUAGCUUGGGUUGUAUUAUUUUAUUAGAAUAUAUCCUAUCUUUAUUUGAAAAUUAACAUCACUCUCCUAUGUAAACUCCAACAUAAAUUUAGGGACCAUUCAUAAUUGAGAAUGAAUAGGAAAUAUUCUUCAUUUAACUUGUUUUUUAAAAAGAGUGCCAGACUAGGAAGUGACUCAGUGGGAGAACCCUUGCCUGCCCGUGUGAAGGCCUGGGACUCACUCCAGGUCACUCCAGAAACAUCUUUUUCUUAAGGUUAUUCUCUCCUAUGGCUUUACGAUUUAACAAUUUACACAGUUGAUUAUUUAGAAUGUUGCGCUCUCUUUUAAUUAAUACUUACAUAUAAUUUAGUGGUAUAUAUUUAUCUGGACCUGUUAAAUCAUAUAUUGAUUCCCGAAAGCAGGAUUUGUAGUUGGCUUUCAACAGUUAGCAGGUGAGAACAUUUCUGUCACAGCUGCUUUAAGGCAGACAGCUGUACACAUUUGUCUCAGUGAAUUAGAUCUCCAUAUUUAAGUUUAUUAUAUUGUGUUCUGAUUGAAACGUGUCUUACUGCAGGCAGAGUUAAUAUUCACUCUUUUUGCUUGAGGAUGCAUUGUGUCUUUCGUUUUCCUUAGUCCUUGGGACCCCAGCUUUCAAAGCCCCCGCUGACCACUACCCCCAGGUUCUGGACUGGGCCUCGCUGCUCUGACCGUGGUCAUUAUAUUUUAUACUUGUUUGUGGUGAGAACUCGACAUUUUUACACUGACAAAGAACACGUGGCUGUUUUGAUAUUUAGAAAGGGCUGUAUUUAGGAGCUUUUGUGGCAUUACUGUAACAGUUUUCAUACCUUGUAUUUCUGAACUACACACACAAAAUAAAUGGGAACAAGCUUUA